CGCUUGUGCCCGCGAAAGUGCAUCCGCAGAAGGUUCCCUCCUGCCUUUCAACCACCACGCAACACCCACCAUGGCACGCGCACGCACGCAUCUCGUCGUCCUCGGCGCCACGGGCUUCACGGGCCGCUUCGUGGUGGAGGAGGUGGUGCGCAAGCUGCCGGCGCUGCAGGCCGCCGUGCCUGGCUUCACCUGGGCGGUGGCCGGCCGCAGCCGCGCCAGCCUCGAGGGCAUCGUUGCCGCCAUCCGCAAGACGGCGCCCGACGCCAAGGCACUGCCGGCCAUCGUCGAGGCAGACGUCAAGAACGUCGAGAGCCUCAAGCACAUGGCGCAGGGCACGCACUUGGUGCUGAACUGCGUCGGCCCGUACGCGUUGCUUGGCGAGCCGGUGGUGCAGGCCGUCAUCGAGGCGUCCGAGGCGCUGUCCAAGGAGGGCCAGGCGCCGGUCGACUACGCGGACCUGACCGGCGAGCCCGGCUUCAUCGAGCUGAUGGUGCUCAAGUACUACGACCGCGCCCUUGCUGCCGGCUGCACGCUCGUUCAUGCCGCUGCUUUCGACUCGGUGCCGGCCGACAUGGGCGUGCUGUUCGCGCGCGAGGCGCUGCAGAAGCGCGGCGCCACGCCGGCCAGCAUCGAGAUCUUCGUGACGGUGCACACCAAGGACGGCCAGCGCAUGGGCGGCAACUACGGCACGUAUGCCUCGGCCAUCAACGGCUUUGCCACGCGUGCCCAGCUCAGCAAGACGCGCAAGCAGCUCUACGGCCCCAAGCUCCCCAAGACGACGCCCGUGGCCAAGCAGCGCGGCCUGGGUGUGGGCCUGCCGCGCCGCAAGGGACGCUUCGGCGUGCUCUGGGCCGAGGAGGUCAAGUCGUACCUCGUGCCGUUCUUCUUCGCAGACCCUGCUGUCAUCCGCCUCUCCCAGUCCCUCGCGCAGCUGCAGGCCGACCAGGCCGGCGGAGCGCUGCCCGAGAGCGUGCAGAUUGUCGCCUGGAUGCAGCUGCCAUCUCUCUACGUGCUGUUCCUCGCCGCCGUGCUCAUGACGUUCUUCGGGCUCUUCGCCUCCUCCGCACGCGGCCGUCAGGUCCUGCAGGCGCACCCCAAGCUCUUCUCCGGCGGCAUCUUCUCCUUCGAGGGUCCUACUCAGGCACAGAUCGAGGCGACGUCGUUCGAGACGACGAUGGUCGCGCGCGGACACUCCAAGUCGUUGCUUAAUGGCGCAAAGCAGGGCAGCGGCAUCGGCACGGAUGUGACCGCCACCAUCAAGAUCAAGGGCGUCGAGCCUGGCUACCGUGCCACGCCUGCGCUCUUCGUCGCGGUCGCGCGCACCAUGCUGGCCGAGCGCUCCAAGGUCAACAAGGGGGUGCUCGUGCCCGGCGCCGCGCUGGCGAACACACGUCUGAUCGAAGACCUGAACGAGGAUGGGCGCGUGACGUUCUCCGUGCAAGAGUAG